AGGAUUUGGAGUAAUUUAAUGGGUGGGACUAGGGUGGCGGCUGUCUGUGCGAAAUAGGUGGGAAUGGGGUAGCGGAUUCAGAGCUCCAAGAAGGCAACAAGGUAGACAGGUGUGGGACAGGCGCAUGAAGGAAACAUUUUUUAAGGCUACCAAGUCUUGUGGACCUCGAGGACUUCUCAAAUAGGAAUGACGGAGGUGGGAGAAUAGAGGCAGUACGAGGAUAUUGGAGGGGACUACAUGGCAUUGGGUUAUCCAAAAAACAAAGAAGGGGGCGGGUCAUGGUUAUCAGACCCGCCGAGAGCUCUAAAGACACUCCAGGUCAGGGAAGGACAGGAGAAGAUCUUCGGGAUACUGAGGAUGCAACCGAAUUUCCAGUACUAUGUUUUCUUUACUGUUGUUUGCUUUGGUAAUACUAUUUUUGUUGUCGUCGUUUAUUUUUAUUUCUGUCAUACUCUUGCAUUAGGUUGGGGUGAUGAGGGGUCUAUUCUAAUCACGUUAGACUCAUUUAGACCCAUUAUAGGAUCGGCGAGCCAUAUUGCUUUUUCCAGGGUGGUUGGCUCUAAGUCUGGUUCGAGAGUUGGUGGUUGGAAGUGGUCCUUUUAUCUUCUUGUUCCCUUGCUGAAAGCUUUGAUAUUAAUUUAAGCCAC